AUAUUGUUUUUCACGACAUUCAUCUUCAAUAAUAAUUCUUCACUAACACCCAAACUUGUCACUCUCAUUUUCAAUUUCAGAUUCCCACACUCUAAUUUCCCUACUCACUCAUUCUUGAAUAUUCAUAAACCCUUUUCAAACUCAAACCCCUUUUCUCGUCUAAUAAUCAAUGGCUUCCAUGCCUAGAGUUAUUUUCAGAGACCAUGCCAUUCUUAAGCCAAACUAUACCUAUCUACCUCGGAGGAACCUCCUCAAUAACCAUUUUGACGUGAAAGAAAAUGGAAGAAACUUUGCAAUUAGAAGCGAGUUGCAGGGUCCUAAUCCAGUUGUUGCUGCUGCUGCUAAACUACCCUUAGUUCAUCUAAAGUCAAAAAGGAAUUCUCAAAUAUUGUGCUCAGCUUCAACAAAUAUAUCUGGAGAUGUUCCUGAAAGUGCUGGGGGCCUGAGCCAGUAUGAGAAAAUUAUUGAAACUUUAACCACUCUUUUUCCCGUUUGGGUCAUCUUGGGGGCUCUCCUCGGUAUUUACAAGCCAGCUGCUGUAACUUGGUUGGAGACAGACCUAUUUACUCUUGGCUUGGGUUUCCUCAUGCUGUCUAUGGGUUUGACAUUGACAUUUGACGAUUUCAGACGAUGUCUGCGAAAUCCGUGGACUGUGGGUGUGGGGUUUCUUGCACAAUAUUUGAUCAAGCCCGUGCUAGGCUUUUUCAUUGCAAUGACACUAAAACUUUCGGCUCCUCUUGCAACUGGUCUUAUUUUGGUCUCGUGUUGUCCCGGAGGUCAGGCAUCAAAUGUUGCAACAUACAUAUCCAAGGGAAACGUUGCUCUCUCUGUUCUAAUGACAACGUGUUCAACUAUUGGAGCUAUUAUUAUGACUCCACUCCUAACGAAGCUUCUAGCUGGUCAACUUGUUCCUGUUGAUGCUGCUGGCCUGGCAAUUAGCACAUUUCAGGUUGUUUUAGUCCCUACAAUUGUGGGAGUUUUGGCGAAUGAGUUCUUUCCCAAGUUCACUUCAAAGAUAAUCACGGUCACACCUUUGAUUGGAGUUAUUCUGACCACUCUCCUUUGUGCAAGCCCAAUCGGGCAAGUCGCGGAAGUGUUAAAAACUCAAGGAGCACAAUUGAUAUUGCCAGUCCUUGCUUUACAUGCUGCUGCAUUUGCUAUUGGUUAUUGGAUGUCAAGAAUAUCAUUUGGUGAAUCCACAUCACGCACAAUAUCUAUCGAGUGUGGGAUGCAGAGCUCUGCACUUGGAUUCUUGCUUGCUCAGAAGCACUUUACCAACCCCCUUGUAGCUGUUCCUUCUGCUGUCAGUGUUGUCUGCAUGGCGCUUGGCGGGAGUGCUCUAGCUGUGUAUUGGAGGAAUAGUCCGAUUCCCGCUGAUGACAAAGACGACUUCAAGGAAUGAAAACCAUGACAUAUCUUCUAUCCACUGCAUGCCCUAUGAAUUAUUUUCCGCUCAUUGUUUAGAAGACAUUAAUUUAUGCAUUAGUUGAUAAGAAAGUUUUGUUUUAUGAAUUCAUGUAGCCUUGCAAUGUCAGAGUUUUGUAGAAUUUAGGAUAAGCUUGCAACAAUUUAAACCAGUGUGAAGAGUGGCAACAAAUAAUAUGCCCAUGUAGCAACAAAAAGGGACAACCUAUAGCUACUGAGCUCUUGCCAUGGUAGGGUCCAAUGAACGGUCGAAUCCAUUGUGGUUCUAUUAUAAUUAUUAGUCUUGUCUUGCAUUGUGGUUCAACCACUUCAACUAGUGAUAUUCAGUUACAACAAUUGUGUCAAGAAGACUCUAUCAAUGUAUCAACUAAUUCCUUCUUAGUAACUAUGAAGUUAUAUUAUAUUAUUAUCUGAA